AUGGAGCCUCCGACGGGGUUUUGUGCUUCUUUGUGGAGUUUCAUCCGGUUUCUUCCUUAUUUCGUUGGGCUUCUGCUUCUUGGCAACAUCAAAGGUAUCCUUUUCUGCCCUUUGAUAUGCAUAAUAAUUGCAACUGGGAACACUGCUAUCAUACUUGCACUUUGGACAGCGCAUGCUGUUUGGACAUAUUACUGUGUUGUGAGAGCUAAACAAUUUGGGCCACUUCUGAAGCUUCUUAUCUGCCUGUGUGUACUACCAGUGCUGUUGGUUCUGUGGCCGAUGAUUGGUAUUCUUGGAAGUAUUCUAGGUGGAGCAGCCUAUGGAUUUCUGUCACCCAUAUUUGCUACUUUUGAGGCUGUAGAGGAAGGAAAAGAUGACAAACUUUACCACUGUUUCAUUGACGGUACAUGGAGCACAAUUGAAAAGAGCUGCAUGGUUGUAAGGGAUGUAAAAGAUGUUGCUUUCUAUUCAUAUUUCUCGGUUAUGGAUGACCUGCGACAAAAAGGACCUCCAGAUGCAAAAUACUAUGAGAUCAGGCUGCUUUAUAUUCCUGGUGCUUUAAUAGCUGCAGUUAUUGGAAUCAUAGUUGAUGUGCCAGUUAUAUCUUUGGUUGCCCUAUGCAAAGGUCCAUACAUGCUUUUUAAGGGGUGGCAUCGAUUGUUUCAUGACCUUAUUGGCCGUGAAGGCCCUUUCCUGGAGACCAUAUGUGUGCCUUUUGCAGGUCUUGCUAUCCUUAUGUGGCCAUUGGCUGUUGGUGGGGCAGUUUUUGCAUCCAUGUUAGCAAGUUUCUUUCUUGGUGCAUAUGCAGGGAUUAUUGCUUAUCAGGUCAGUCCUCAUAUCUUUUCACUACCUACUUGUACUAUACUACUAUUGACAAGCAAUUUCAGACCAUAUGUUGGUUGUUAUGCACAAUUUCAGACAAGGCUACAAUUCAGACAUGCUAGUAGGUACAAUUGUCAGCAGUCAGCCAUUAUCACCAACACUUUCAGAGAACGAGAGCUUAAAAUAUAUCUUGCUGUGGAGCUGUGCUGCAACUGCAAACUGGACAUGAUGGAGUCUUCUUUCAAGUUCGGUCUUUCAUAUGUUGUUGCAGCUUUGGCUAUUUAUGAUGAAUACAGCAAUGAUAUUCUUGACAUGCCAGAAGGAACCUGCUUCCCUAGGCCUCAGUUUCAAAGAGAAGUUGAUUCAUCACAAAGAACAUUUAAUUCAGAUUCCACCUCAAGACCUAACUCCUUCCGAAAGGCUCCUUCUCGCUCGACUUCAAUGAAGAACAUUGCUGAGUUGAAAUCGUUUGAGCUGUUCGAUGGCUUAUUCAAGGAAUGUUAUCGUGUUGGAGAAAAAAUGGUUUCUGAAGGUUUAAUUACAGGAAAAGACAUAGAAGAAGCCAGAUCUGGUAAAGGCAGUAGAGUUAUUAGUAUUGGUUUGCCAGCUUAUUGCUUAGUUCAAGGACUCUUGCGCUCUGCAAAACUCAAUUCCAUGGGUAUAUUGAUUAGUGAUGAUACUGAACUAACUACCACAAACAGACCAAGAGAGAAAUUUUUUGACUGGUUCCUCAACCCCCUUUUGAUCAUUAAAGAGCAAAUCAAGGCUGAAAAUCUUUCUGCCUCAGAAGAGGAUUAUCUCUGCAAGUUAGUUCUCUUGAGUGGUGAUGCAGAGAGAUUGAAAACAUCUGCCGUUGGCCCAGCUCCUGAAUCCGAGGUCAAACGUGCCGAACUUGAGGCAUUAGCUAGAAGGUACUUAAAAAGUUUUUGCAAUAUGAUUUUGGUUAAAACUGAGUUUGGAGAAUAUAAUAGAGGUUUCGUUCCAAUGAUCGAUGUUAAGAUUUUCAGUCUCAUUUUUGUUUCCAUUCUUAAACACAGAUUGCAAGGGAUCACGAAAUCCAUGUCAAGGUUUCUAACCUUCAAGCGACGCUUCGAUGAUCUUGUAAAAUCGUUAUCUGAUGAUCAGAAACGUGAAGGUCCAAGAAUGAGCAGAUCAAAGAGUGCCUUUGCUAGGUUGGUUAGUUUUAAGUCUUUCAAGGGGACAAGAAACGGAUCUUCCCACGGAUCACAUGUUGUAAGAGACGAAGAAAAUUCAUGA